UCCACCAGCUCGACGACGCCGCCGUCUCCCUCUCAUCCGGCUCCAGAUCCCCUCUCCAUGGCGACCGUCGCGGCGGGAGGGAGCAAGAGGGGCGGCGGCCGGGGCCGCAAGGCGCUCGUGGCCGUGCUCGACAACGAGGCCAACAUCUCCGCCGGGAAGGCCGCCAAGGCCGGGGACCUCUCGGCCUCCUCCGCGCAGAAGGCGAAGCGGGCGUCGUCCAAGAGCGGCAAGGCUGCCAAGGCCGCGGCCGCGGCGGCGGCGUCGGCCGUCGUGGACGACGUGGCGGAGCUCCAGGGGAUGCUGGAGCGGCUGCGGCUGGAGAAGGAGAAGGCGGAGGAGAUGGUGCGGGAGCGGGACGAGGUCAUCCGGAAGAAGGAGGAGGAGAUCGAGACCAAGGAGAAGGAGCAGGAGCGCCUCCAGGCCGAGCUCAGGAAGGUGCAGCGCGCCAAGGAGUUCAAGCCCACCGUGAGCUUUCCUCUCGUCAAGUCGCUGCUUGAGAAGGAGCAGGACGGAGACGACAAGGGCAAGAAGAAGAAGGGGAAGGGCAAGGCCGGCCUGGAGAGGAAGAAGCCCUGCCCUGCCUAUGUUCUUUGGAUGAAGGACCAAUGGGUCGAGAUCAAGAAGGAGAACCCGGAGGCCGACUUCAAGGAGGUGUCCAACACGCUGGGCGCCAAGUGGAAGGCGCUGGGCGCCGAGGAGAAGCAGCCCUACGAGGAGCGGUACCGGCUGGAGAAGGAGGCCUACCUGCAGGUGGUCGGCCAGGAGAAGCGCGAGGCCGAGGCCAUGAAGCUGCUCGAGGAGCAGCAGAUGCAGUGGACCGCCAAGGAGCUGCUGGAGCAGUACCUCAAGUUCAGGCAGGAGGCCGAGGAGGGCGACGGCAAGAAGGGGCAGAGGAAGAACAGAAAGAAGGACAAGGACCCCUCCAAGCCCAAGCAGCCCAUGUCGGCCUACUUUGUGUACUCGCAGGAGAGGCGCGCCGCGCUGGUCGAGGAGAAGAAGAACGUGCCUGAGAUCGGCAAGAUCACCGGAGAGGAGUGGAAGAACAUGACAGAGGCUCAGAAGUCUCCCUACGAGGAAGUCGCGAAGAAGCAGAAGGAGGAGUACCACAGGCAGAUGGAGGUGUACAAGCAGAAGAAGAUUGAGGAAGCUGCGAGCCUGGAGAAAGAAGAAGAGGAGCAGAAGAAAAUCAUGAAGCAAGAGGCUCUCCAGCUGCUUAAGAAAAAGGAGAAGGCAGACAACAUCAUCAAGAAAACCAAAGAAAAGCGCCAGAAGAAGAAGCAGGAGAACGCUGAUCCCAACAGGCCCAGGAAGCCUGCCUCUUCCUUCAUUCUUUUCAGCAAGGAAGCGAGGAAGCAGCUGCUCGAGGAGCGCCCUGGCAUCAAUAACUCAACACUGAACGCGCUCAUCUCGGUGAAGUGGAAGGAGCUGAGCGGCGAGGAGCGGCAGAUGUGGAAUGAUAAGGCCGCGCCUGCCAUGGCGGCAUACAAGAAGGAGAUGGAGGAGUACACCAAGGCUCACAGCUCAUCCGCUUGACAUGAUAACAGAUUCCUUCGCUUGCAGUGGUGCAGUUCAACUGUUGGAUUGGGUUGAACUUUUCUAAUAAGGAUUCUCUUCUCUGAAUCCUGGUGUGGUAGAUGACUUGGUGUGAAUCUUAGCUUUCGGUGAGUUUAGUUGGCGUAGUUGCCGUAGACGUGGCUUCCUUCAUUCUUGAACAAAUUGAAUUGGUUAGGUUUUUGUGGCAGUUUAUGGUUGCAACAGGUUUAGAAAUUUCAGCAAGGUUGAUAAGGCAUUAAUGUUUGCUUCAAAAGUUCUGAUCAAUAUUAUUUUGCGCACAACAA